AUGGUCCUCCAGCUUGUCCAAGCCACCGAAGACGACGCUCCCCGCGCCAUCGCCGUUGAAACAGAAGCCUACGGGGCUGACAGCCCCGUCAGCCGCGUUCUAUACCCCGGUCCCCGUCCCACGGAAGGAACUCAUAAAGUCGACGACCUCAUUAAGCAGCGCCGUGCCGACCAUGACAUCCGAUGGUUUAAAGUCGUAGACACCGGCCUUGACGUCUCCCCCGAAGAUAAGGCCAUCGCAUUUGCGCAGUGGUACGUAUGGACCACGCCUCAAACCUCAACACUCUCCGCUGCUCGCGGCCCUGGCUCCAACCCUGAAGCCUGCGAACUCUUCUUUGGGGGCAUGAACAGGAAGCGGGAUGCGUUGAUGAGUGGAAAACCCUACAUCUACCUCAAGCGGCUACACACAGAGCCGAAACACCAGAGACGCGGCGCCGCCUCUCUACUGCUGAAAUGGGGCUUGGAGGAGUCUGAUCGCCUUGGUAUCCCAGCGGUUCUUGAGUCUUCACCACAGGGUCGCCUACUGUAUGAGAAAUGGGGGUUUAGGGAAGUGGACAAUCUCACUGUCGACUUCUCGCCUUGGGGAGGACCGUCAAAAAUCGAGGUCCCGCUGAUGCUUCGCGAACCCAAGCGACAGCAAGCCGACAUGACAACUAUUGAUCAGCUAUCCCCCCAGUAG